AUGCCAGGGACCAGUAAGAAUUUUGAGGGAGGGAGUGGGGCUGAAGUAUGGCUUUCAUGUGAGCAUAGAUCCUUUUCCUGGCUGAUAAUAUUCGCCUCUGAAUUUAAUCUUCCUUUUUUUUUUUUUUCUUGUUUGAUCCUCCAUCCAUUGACACCGUGGCCUUUAAGAAUGAAGCAAGUUUCAGGCCAUCACGAUGGAUCUGAUGUGUCCAGUUCUGAGCUACCCUUAGCUGAUGAGGGAAGCUGCAUUGUUGAGACAGAGACAGUCUUUGAUCCAGCCAGCACGCUCCCUUCCCCUUAG